GAAAACAAGCAAGAACAACAGUACACCACUCCGGUGAUCCGGCCAUAAUCUCGCCAGGACAUUGGAAGGCAAAAAAAAUCAAUACCCACCAUCACUCCGGCACGCGUUUUCACCUGUUUGCCUGUUCCCGGUUGUUUUUUUUGGUUUGACAUUUUAUCGCGGCAAAUGGCGGCCGCUGAUAGGUUCCGUUUCUAAGGAAGUUUUGCAUUCUCGUUUUGCUGCUUCUAUCGCAUGAAAGCAUUGAGUAACACGCACAACAACAACCACACAAAAAAAUCAAUUGAAUUGUCACUGUAUUUAUCGAAUUAGUUGCUCGUGUGCAGCCGCCUAGCAUCACCCGCAAGUUUGUACGCUCAAGGUCAAAGGCAGAUGGCAGGGUUUGCCUACUAACCGUGCGCGUGGGCGUUUGUGUUUGUUGAGCUUUUUUCUCUCGUCUUCUUCUUCUGUACCUCCCGUAGUAAAAGCCUACUGGAAGUAGAACGAGAUAGGGUGGUAUGUGUGGUAGAUUCUUCUUAGUGGGAAGGACGAAAUGAUUGUAUAACGAUACGCUCUCGCACUGUGUGCCGGGUGAUGCACAGCGUUGGGGAUGGGGUGUGUGGGGAUUCAUAGUACUACUACAAAGGUUGUACUGUACGAGUUUUUUUUUUGGUGUGUCUUCUUCGUUUGUUUGUAUUUGCAAACCACUACUGCGCCACGUUCCGAAACAGCAAAAUGGCACUGGAACUGGUCGUUACGUUCGGGUUUACACACGAUAUAUCUAAAUUAAACAUGGCGCUUUUUGCUUUGUUGCAUCGGCGAAAUCGAUAAAUUACAUAAUGUUUUACCGUGACGAAUUGUUUUUGGUAGAGGCUGAAAGAACACACGAAGGACGCACAAUAUAUGCAAUCACAUGUUUUUGCUGUGCUGAUUGGGCCCGCUGUAUAUCGCAUCACGAACGCUAGAGUAACCAAACAAAAAAAAGGACAGCUUGAACACUGGUACCCAAGUCAAAAAGGGCAAUGAUGUGAAAUGUGAGUGGUGAAACGCAGCAUAACAGCAAUAUCCGACCCACAACCAACCGAAGCAUUCAAAGUGAAUCUCUAUCCGUGCUGACUCGGAAGCAGAAGCGAGAGAGUGCGCGAGAGAGAGAGAAACAGAGCGAAAGAGUAGAGUACUCGACCCAUACCAUCUAUCAAACAGACACAGGCAGGCACCUGCCCGUAGAACCGACACCAUGUUUGUGAACCAAUGCACCCGCCGACCUCACAUCAACGUGUUUGUGCUACUGCUCGGAGCGACUGUGAUAUGUCCCGCUUACGGAAUAAUUGAUCGGCUGGUGGUGCAAACCAGCAGCGGCCCGAUACGCGGCCGUUCGACCAUGGUGCAAGGGCGCGAGGUGCACGUAUUCAACGGUGUCCCGUUCGCAAAGCCACCGGUGGAUAGUUUACGGUUUAAGAAGCCUGUCCCAGCAGAACCAUGGCAUGGGGUGCUUGAUGCAACCAGAUUACCUCCAUCAUGCAUACAGGAACGAUACGAAUAUUUCCCUGGCUUCGCGGGCGAAGAGAUGUGGAAUCCAAACACAAACGUUUCGGAAGAUUGUCUGUAUCUGAACAUAUGGGUACCAACGAAAACACGCCUUCGACAUGGUAGGGGUCUGAACUUUGGAAGCAAUGACUAUUUCCAGGAUGAUGACGAUUUCCAACGCCAGCAUCAGUCGAAGGGUGGGCUGGCAAUGCUUGUUUGGAUUUAUGGUGGCGGUUUCAUGAGCGGCACCUCGACAUUGGAUAUUUACAACGCGGAAAUACUGGCCGCGGUUGGUAACGUUAUCGUAGCGUCGAUGCAGUACCGUGUCGGUGCAUUCGGCUUCCUGUACCUAGCACCGUACAUUAGUGGCUACGAAGAUGAUGCUCCAGGCAACAUGGGCAUGUGGGAUCAGGCACUGGCGAUACGAUGGUUGAAGGAAAAUGCGAAAGCCUUCGGAGGUGAUCCAGAUCUGAUUACGCUGUUCGGUGAGUCGGCUGGUGGUAGCUCAGUAAGCUUACAUCUGUUAUCGCCGGUUACUCGCGGCCUAUCGAAGCGUGGUAUUUUGCAAUCCGGUACACUGAACGCACCCUGGAGUCACAUGACGGCCGAGAAGGCACUACAAAUCGCCGAAGGACUCAUCGACGACUGUAACUGUAAUCUGACAAUGCUUAAGGAAUCGCCGAGUACCGUCAUGCAGUGCAUGAGAAAUGUCGAUGCGAAGACCAUCUCGGUACAGCAGUGGAAUUCGUACUCCGGUAUACUAGGAUUUCCUUCCGCUCCAACCAUUGACGGUGUGUUUAUGACUGCGGAUCCGAUGACCAUGUUACGUGAGGCAAAUUUAGAUGGCAUUGAUAUCCUCGUUGGCAGUAACCGGGACGAGGGAACAUAUUUUCUGUUGUACGAUUUUAUUGACUAUUUUGAAAAGGACGCGGCAACAUCGUUGCCAAAGGAUAAGUUUUUGGAAAUUAUGAACACCAUCUUCAACAAAGCAUCCGAGCCGGAACGUGAGGCAAUAAUCUUUCAGUACACGGGUUGGGAAAGUGGAAAUGAUGGUUAUCAAAAUCAACACCAGGUUGGCCGUGCGGUUGGUGAUCAUUUCUUCAUCUGUCCAACGAACGAGUUCGCACUCGGUCUGACGGAACGUGGCGCAUCGGUUCACUAUUAUUAUUUUACACAUCGUACCAGUACAUCGCUUUGGGGUGAAUGGAUGGGCGUAUUGCAUGGGGAUGAGGUUGAGUACAUAUUCGGCCAACCGAUGAAUGCAUCCCUCCAGUACCGGCAGCGGGAAAGGGAUUUGAGCAGACGCAUGGUGCUAUCUGUCAGCGAGUUUGCACGGACAGGAAAUCCUGCACUAGAAGGUGAACAUUGGCCUCUGUAUACAAGGGAAAAUCCAAUCUUUUUCAUCUUCAAUGCCGAAGGUGAGGACGAUCUGCGGGGUGAAAAGUAUGGUCGCGGACCGAUGGCAACAUCGUGCGCAUUUUGGAAUGACUUUUUACCAAGGCUACGGGCAUGGUCAGUGCCGUCGAAAAAUCCGUGCCGCAUACCUGAGGAAACGUCAAUAGGCAGUACGGCCCGAACAAUGCCUAUCGUUGUGUUGGUGUUGGUUUUCAUCCCGUUGCGGAUGGGAUUGGCUGCUAAUUAAAACAAGUGUGCGGGAACGCGUCCACUCGCUAGUACGCUGCACUGUGAGGGAUGCUAUUUAUUAAUGCUUACGUAGGAAUACAUCCGAUCGUACUAAGUAUCAUUGGUUUGUGAUGGCGUAUUAUCGAAUUUCAAGGAGCUUUUCUGGUGAAGCGCAGGCGCUUUUCAUCAUCAUGGAUACAUACCUUUUUUAAAGUAAAGAGAAAAACUUAAAACAAAUCAAACCAAACCAAAAAAAAAAAGAAAGAGGACAAGACAAGAGACACGAUACGAACUAAAACACAUACAGAAGCAACAUUCGCCACGACGUUACCAAAGGACUGGAUCCUGUGAUCUUUUUCUUUAGGUACUGGUGCCCUAAAACCUCUGUCACAAAUACAUAUCACGUGCUUGAAGACUUAUGAAAUAUUGCUGUGUAGCUAUAUUAGUGAAUAUGAAACAAAUAACAUAAGAGUAAAUUGUAAGCACAAGGCGUAACCCUGGCGUAUGUUACGAACGGAUUUGGACACACUAAAAUAGUGAAUUUGAAUCCUACGUUAUAUCUACUUCUCUAUUUUUCUCGUGAUACAGGAUUUCUGUUGUUGUUUCGUUACAAGCUAGUACAUCGGAGUAUAAGAACAAUUGAGGAAAGAGAGAGAGAGAGAUAAAGCCCUAUUUAGAUGUUAUAUUAAACAUUGCUGAUACGUUAUUGUUAUUAUUUUGAUGGCUUUGUUUUAAUAUAGAAUCAAAAACGAGAGGUAAACCAAAAACAAAAGGGGAAACCACAUUUUGCAUUCAAGCGUAAGAGUAAACAUCCAUCUUUUUUAGAUGUUCAACCGACUAUUUAAUAUAAAUAUGUAAAACCAAAACAUAUCAUGCAAAGAAACUGGAUAAACUUAGAUAUUAAUAUACAAUAUUAUAAAGAAGACGAAAAAAAAACCAGAACCCGAGGAACGAAGGAGCAGUGAAGGAAAAGAGGAAGAAAAACAAAUAGUGAAUAAGGAAAUCUACCUUUAUAAGAAAGCUUUUUAUGAGAAUUGUAAAAUCACUUUUGAAAAUACCAACAACCAGAAACAAAAAAACAAACAACAAAACAAGACAUGAACAAUGUGUGCGGCGAUAUUGUUAGUAUUGCUACUGUUAGUAAGAGUAUUGGUUGGUUUAUAAUAACGGUCAAAUAUACGCGAUGCGGUCUUAUGAUCAACAAUUCAUCAUGUAUGUGAUUCAUAAUCGUGUUUAGGCAGGUUUGAUGCUAAAGCGAAGAAAGCAAACACACAAACAUCCAGUAAGCAGUAAGGAUUUGCAUUUAAAGAGCAAAAACAAAAAAGGAUAAGAGAAGAAAAACCCAAAAAAGACAAACACACAUUCUUCGAUGCGUAUGAACAGUUAGCGGGCGGAAAAGUGGAAAAGUUAAGUCAAAACAAAGGAAUGUGCACAGCAGCAUACUAAUAUAUGGAAGAAAAGCAAAGCCACAUUCACAACAACAAACACAAACACACAAAAAAAGACAUAUCAGGUGCUUUAGUCGUUAUUUCAUAAUUAAAACGCGAAAGGGAGUAGAGAAAAAUCGCACCGCCUCCACAUUUUUACAGUGCAGUAACAAUGCUUUUUCUAGAUAUAAUGGAUCCGCGAGCCGUACGCUAGCCAGUUCUAUUCACUCCCAACGCUCCCGAACAGUUAGUGAAGUUGAGCAAAAUGUCGUACAUUUUCAAUUGGUUCUUAAAGCGGCUCCACUUUAAUGAAUCAAUUUUAAAAGAAAUACACACAAAACUCAAACAAUAAUGAUUAUGCGAAGCGUAACAGCGUUUGCUACAGCCAUUUUGUACUCGAUGUAAUGGUUGGUUGACACUUUGACACAUAAGCAGCCUGUCAAAUUUCUGUUACUAACUAUUCACUCUAUUACGAUGCGUGAUACAUAUCGAUGGGUACGGCAAAUAGAACUGCUAAAAAACCCGUGCUAGUAGUGGUAGUGGUACAUUAUACAACAAUACUAAGAGCAGAUUCAGCAUUCCGUAAACGCAGCACAGUGAAAGCUUGUUAUUGCAAAACGUGUGUUUGGUAGAUUGUGUUGCAGUUCUGUGUGACACCUACUGUGACCUAGUCGUUAGUGUGAAAAGAGCGAAAGCGAAUAAGAGAGAAAGAGAGAAUAAUAGACCCUGAGCUUAUCCACGUGUGACCUGAAGCAUGUUGACAAGAACAAUGGACAACGCAUAGUAGCUUGUGUGUAGUUUGACAGCUGUCAAAACCAUUCCAUGACACUUGCACUGUCUUAUAUUGUGUUUCUGUUGCUAUAAAACAAUCUAUCGUACAGUAUUAAGCAGACAAUUGCAACACAUAACUAAAGUUAAACGGAAUAGAAUUGUACAACAUAUUCGGCCAUGAUAAAACAGGCAGUGCAAACACUUGACACGUUUCGUAGUAGAACAUCAGUAACUAGUAACUGUUACAUGUAGCUUACCUAAGCGGUAGAACACACACACUUACAAGCGCCAACGGACCGAGGUUUCGUUACACUAAAGCUAUAACACAACUACUUAGCAAAAAUCCCAUACUGUGGGAGUAAAUCGAUCUGGCAAGUGUUCGGCUUUAGCGUUGGUUUUGUGCGUAGAGUACACAGGUAUUUGUGAUUGGCAAAUAGUGAGCGAACAGAGCGAACUAACACUAUCGUCAAGUUAUUGUCCGUUUUUUUUUGUUGCGUUACAUGUGAAAUUUUAUACACUCACACUAGUAUUCGUAAUAACGCUAUGUUCCUUGGAGCUUGUCGCGCUGACUGUAGAUUGCCGCCGUAACGAAUUGAAUGCUGCUUCUUCUCCGUUAGUGUCUGUUAGUAUGCGUUUUGCACGAAUAGUAUUAACAAAGCGAACACCGGAUAAACCCUGUAACGUGUUUCGUAACGCUACGAAUCUGAUUAGGUUGUUCAAGUGGUCAUACAUAAUCGUUUAAAUUGUUUUGUUUUCGUACUGCACUAUUUAUCGAUAAACGUUUGCAUGCGAGGAAGCGCUGGUGCGUAGCUGGUUCUUUCAUACGCAUUUGUAGAAAACGGAAGUGGUAACAAUUUUAUCAUCUUAUUACAAAGGCCUUCUAGAGACAAAGAAUUAUAAAAAGAUUACAAACAAACAAACAAAAAAAGAAACAAAAACAACUAAGAAUACGUUUUGUACAGUAAAACUAGUACUGAGCGCUGCAGUAUUAUAUAUUAGCAUAACUGUCUACCUUGUAGAUAAUGAUAAAUAGUGUAUUGUUACAAAGGUAGAGUUAAGCCUAGUAGUGGUGGGACCGGUAAAGAUGGCCCAAUAUCCAUUAUGCAAACGCUAGACUAUCUAAUGAAAAAGUAGUUGCUGGACAUCAACACAUAUCAUAUUGGAAUGUAAGCUAAAAUGUGAAGCUAGAGGAACAAGAUAGUGCACCAGCCGUGUCCAAAGCAGUUCAAUUGCAGCACGGUACGAACGAACGAACGAAGGAAACGCGCCUAGAUGCGUUUCUUGGUGCAAAAAACGACACCUCUAGACAUGAUAAAAAUUAUUAAAUGGAGCGUAGGGCAAAAACACAUUAGAAGAUGUUGAGUAGAAAUUUUCUAUCCGGCUUUAAUGGAUGGUUCAAAGCAGAAUAAGAUAAUAAUUCCCCCUUUCACUCGGAAAAUACCCUAUACAGACACGAGCACGGAAAUCUGAUUUGCGAUUAAGUUGUCAACACUCAUCAGAGAUUCUUCAAACAAAGUAAACGCUUUUUCUCAAACAUCCUUUUGCGAGGGAUUGUUCAUGUGCAUUUCUGUUACAAACCGAUAAAGACUGAAUUUGGACUCGUAUGUCGACCCGAUACGUAUUACUAUCCAUUAUAAAGUCACGAGAAUUUAGCUCGAGCUUUUAGUACAAUGGCUUAAGUAUUGUGUAUGUGUGUGUGUGUUUUUAUUGCGACCUUUUCUCUUACAGUAACCAAUAAUGGGGCACAUGAAAACAUACAUUAUUGCUAUGUUCAAUUUUUGGCCUAAUAAGAAUCACCGAAUUAUAAGGGUAUUUUUUUUUUGCACAGACGAACCGGUUUCCUCUACGCUUAUCGGUUUGUACUACGUUGUGAGCUGACAGCUGACAGUUCACUUACGUUGUGAGCUGACAGCUGACGUUUGAGACGAAACUUCAAAGUUUAUAUUCGCCUCCUAUAACUGACAGUAUUGAUCAAACAAGAAAGGCUGUGGAAUUGCAAGAGAUGAUGUUGCUCUAUAUGUUCUUGCUCUGGUUGUUUCAGAAACAAAAAAAUAUUUUAAUUGAUUUGGAAUUAAUAAUAUAGUUUCUGCCGGAGAUCUUUGUUUAUGUUCACCAAAGUACACCUCUCACCUGGCACGUAGCAUCUCAUUACUCAUAGUAUUCGUCCCCAAAAAAUAUUGGAUGUUCCUGUACGACGAGCUCAGUAGUCAAAUCCCACAAAAACCACUCUAGUGGCAUGUAGAAUCUAUUUCUCUAUAAAAGCCUAAUUUAAUUGCGCCACCACUCAGCUUUUGUAUCGAAUGAUAGUAUCGAGAGUAUCCAUUUUUGUUUCCAAGAAUCCCCAAUAAGUAGAAGGGGGAGGUCAUUUCUGUACGAUGUUGGGAAAAUUUGAUUACUAGCAAAGAUGGCAUCCAUUUUGUUUUUUUUUGUUUUUGCACCGCAAGCACGAUCGGUGUUAACGCCAUCUCUGGAUAUGUUUGGAAGCUAGUAAUAGGGGAAAACCAUUUAAUCUAGAACUGCAAGAAGAAUUGGUAAUUGCAGCCCGAGGCUCCAAUGACAAUAAUAAUAAGCAAACCGUUCUAUUUUUAAUCCUUUUUCUCCUGUAAAAUUAGGGAGGACCCGCCCCCCCCCCCCUGAUUGCUUGUGUGCGUGUGUAUUUGUGUGUGAGUGUGUGUGUGUAUGUAGCGUGCAUGGUACGUUGGACUGUUGGAAAUGCUAGUGAAGUUAAGAACCUUGCGCGAAAUUCGGUUUUUGCUGCGAACAUGCUUUCGACUAUUUUCGAAACGAUAUACAUUUUAAUUACACCACUGCGAAACAGUCCGCUAUUGUCGUUGCUAAGAUUUAACGAGUAGACAUUGGAGUAAAAAAAAAGCUUUGAAACUGAGCAAAACAAAAGAGCAAACAACAAACAUAUCAAACAUAUCUAGAUUAGUGCCUGUCUGUGACGAAUAAAAAAAAUCGACUAGUCAACCGUACAGCUGAUAGAUAAUAACAUAUUUAUUCACCAAUAGCAGCAGUGGUAUCUUUCAAUGUCUAUUUCACAAUAAUAAACAAUCACACAAGAGACACACAGCCAUAUACACACACAAAUACAAUCAAGACAGACGUUGUAGUACUGUAGCAAAAAAAAAGAAGAGAAUAUGAUUUGUGUAUGAAUUUUGCCAAUUUUUAAGCAGCGCAAUAAUGGAUAGACAUUAACCCCUUUGAUGGCUUAGUAUCGAUGGCCGCGCUUUAGAUAUUGUUUACAAAACAAGUUGUUUUAGAUAUUUUUUUUCGUCAUGUUAUAUAACAAAAUACUACCGUAGUAUUAAGGCCUGGCCGUUCUUUAAGAAUUAAAAAAAUAUAUAAAUAUAUAUUAUUGUACCGAUAGUGGUAUGAGAGUAGUUAAGAAUGUUCAUUGGGGGAAGAUAUUAGUAGCGUAUUUAGUAGUUGUUCGAUCAGUUGGAAAUUUAACACACACACACACAUACACACGUACACGUAAAAGAUAAAGUACGAUAAAACGAAAUUAUUAUCCAGGUAAACAUAAUCGAACUAAAGUUCUCUAAAUAAAAAAAAAAACCACUAAAAGCGAAGGGAAGCGGUAGAAACGAACCACAUUUUAUAAAUGUACACGGACUAACGUUUAAAGCUAAUAUGAAUAAACCAACAAACUAGUGUGAGAAGCGUGUUAAGUUGCGACUAAGCGUAACCCCCAGUGAAGGAUGUCUAAGCUUAACACUUCUAGUGCUGUACGCCAUUUUGUACUAAACGCGUUAAACGGAAAGGAAACACACACACACGUGCAUGCAUGCAGAGAAACAAGUAUAAGUAUUUAGUAGUAGGAUACGUACUAAAUUAUCAGCUGGACUGAGCACGAACAACAUGCAUGUUAUCCUAUCACACACACACACACUUCAUAUACGCAUAUUAAUUAGGUUGCUUUUUAGUACUAACUUGGGAAGCAUGUUGUAUAAUAAGAAGGUAGGGGAAGCUUUUUAUUGCCUAGUCACAAACGACACUUAACACACCAGCUAUAGAACGGAUAAAUAAUCCAAAGACAUUUACCCACCUUUUUGCAAACAUGGGUUGCGAAACAGAGGGAAACAGAGAGAGAGAGAGAGAAGAGGGAAGGGCGGUUGUGUAUUUUGAUGGUGUCACAGGAACAGAAAUAUUAUAUAACUAUUUUCAUAUACGUUCAAAGGUGUAUUUACGUGCAAACAAAGCGAUUCAUAUACAUAUACAUGUAUGUAUGUAUAUAAUAGGGUAGUGAUGUGGUUUUCCUGUGUUUAGGCAUUUAUUCUUCACACAAAUAUAAUGCUAACAAAAAAAGAUCCUUACUCAGGAGAUGAGACGAAAGAGUUGAAGUAUGUCGGUAUGAACGAUAUUUAAGUAACCGUUACGGCAUAAUAUAUUUAUCACUCUUAUUAUCUAAUAUUGCAUAGUUUAUGCAUAAAGAAGAAGAAAACACACACACACAAAAACCAUCCUACAUUAGACAUUAGGUUUUUACAUUGCGUUCGUUGGUGUUACACAAGAAAUGAUAGAAAGUCUAGCCUUCACGAUAUAAAAACAAACCUAAAACCUAACUUAAUCUAUAUAUAUAUAUGGUACGUGGGUGUUAGUGUAUGUGUGAAUGCGCCUGUAUGUAUGUGACCAUUAGUGUGUGCGUGUGUGUAUGCAUAAUGGCUAAUAGUUUGUUGGUGUGGCUGUGCUGACACUUGCCAAUGCGAGUCAUUGAGUGGUUCGUACAUGUUGUUUUACGUGUUAUUCGUUUCAAGUAUUAUUAACACUAUUAUCGUGCUCGGUUUUUUCUCUCUAUAGCACCGUCCAAAUAUAGCAAGAUGUAUAACACUUUAGGACACGUGCAUGCCAAAUGUUUUCCUUAGCUCCCCGCCCGUACAGAGUAGCUGGUGAUUAGUGCCUGUUAGGUACAAUCUAAAAACAAAGACUUGCCCCUUCUUAUGGUAGAAUAUGUUCUCGUCUUACAUAGUUUAUCAGUUUGAUGCAACACUAAGCAAAGUAUCAAUAGCUAUAAUUAUAGCAAACACUCAAAAACAACAUUUUCUUUUCCUAACAAACCUUUCCCAAUUAGGAACAAACCUAACAAAAGAACAACAGUAUUUUAUUUUACAUAUCCCCCCCUGUUGGUGUUGUUGUUUUGGUUGUUUCCUUGUUGCCUUAUAGUCGAAUUUUAGGAACGAGUAUUAAAGAAAACAAACAAAACAUAAUAGCUACAGUAAUACUUACCGGUACUGCUACCUGCAAAUCUAGCGUUUGAAAUUUUUGGAAACAAAAAAAAAAAGCAAACGGACAAAAAGAAACAAACAAACAAACAAAAAAACAAAAUCCCUAAUCCCCACCAUGCCAAGAGCUUUGUUCGUCGUCCAACCACACUACUUGUAUUAGUGUUAGUAGUAGCAAACAAAAAAAAGAAGAAAACUGGUGCGAUGGUAACUGUCAUGUUACAUAACCACACUUUUAACCAUAGUGGUUAACCGGGUUAAACACGGUUUUUACUAGAAUGAGCGUACAUACAUACUCUAACCUACCCUUUUUUAUACGUUUUAUGGUACCGUCUAUACUCCUCAGACAAUGCAAAAAAAAAACUAAACCAAAAUAAGCAAAAUAAUUGAAGAAAACAAAAAAACACAGCGCGUCGAGUAAAAGAUCGGACAGCGAUAGCGUAGCGCAAUGUGCAGUAGAAAACAGCAUCAUCCCUAGUCGCAUAGCAAGCAGUGAAGAAUUUAGUCAAAAGUUGAGAAACCUCACGUCAAUUCUAUAAAGAUAAGAUAUAAGCUAGCAUAUCCUGUGCGUUUUUAUUAAAACAAAAAAAAAGCUCUGUGGCGAAACCAUUUUAUAAUGUAGAAACAAAGGCAAAACAAAACUAACAAAAACAAAAACCAAAACAAAUGGCACUGGUUGACACGAGUAUACAUGUAUGUACCCAAUUAGUGUAUGAGUAACGUUAGUGCUGUCACAAUGACAUAACUUGUCAACAUGACAUAACUGUCACAAUGCGUUCGCUUCCCUCAUCUGCGAUGUGGGCAUUUCUUCUUGUUCUUAACCUAGUUUUUUGUAGCGAAUGUUUAAUCCAUCCCACCUGUAUUUGACGCUGGCAUCUCUUGCCCCUCUCCCCCCCGCCCCCCGAUACAUACCGUGUGACACGCACCGAAUACCAACAAAACGCAUCAAUUUUAGAUGUUACUAACGUAUACACAGCUAGUUUGGUUUCAACAAAUACAAACAAUAACUACACAAUAAUGUUUACUAGCAUACUAGCAGCGAAUGCUACCUACCACUAAUAGUGCUACACUGAAUGUAAACACCGAGAGACGUCAGGUUGCGUCACUUUCUGCGAUAGUUGUGAAACUUCCACUGAUAUACCUAUACAUAUAUAUAUACAUAUAUACACACAUACAUAUCAAGCUGAUAGGGGGCAGAUAUAGAAGAAAAAAAAAUACUCAACGCUGUUAGUAAACCAUGCAUGCGCAUCGGACCCUUCCCCCCACGGAAUGUUAGGAGCGUUAUGCGUUACUUAGCGUAACUAACACUUGCUUAGGUGGCCCGCGCCCUAUAUACACAAAUGCCAGUAAGCGUUCUAUGUAGUACAGCUCUGUGCUUAGCCAUCGGGCGCAAUAUCAAUGGCGACUGUUUGUGCGUGUGUACCAACAAGAUUUGUGAGCAAAAGACAUUUAGUAAACUAAGUAUUAAGCUAGCUCCUCCUCGUAAUGUGCUCCGUUAGUUGUUUAGUAUACCUUGGAUUUGUUCCCAUGUUCCCCAGCCAGUAGCCACUUGAUACAUAUUUUAUAUAUAUACACCUAUAUAUAUAUAUAUAUAUAUAUAAAAAUAAAUAUUAUAUAUUAUAAUGUAUAAUAUAUAAUAUAUAUUAUAUAUUGUGAAAAACCGUCAGGGCCGUCGGGUUAGACCAAAAAUGAAAGAAUCGAAGAGUGCAAAAAAAAAACAACAGUGAAGUAAAACCAAAAAAACCCAACAUAAACUCUCAACUGCAUGUUUCUAGUGCGUGGAAAACGCGUGCUCUACAGUACGGAAUAGCCUCGUAGAAGAAAAGUAUUUGUACCGGCUUGUCGAUAAAAAUUUUACCAGCGUGUGUUGCACCGUUUACGCGAUUUGGCCGCGCCUUUCUUUUGCUUUUGUUUCUCUUCGCGCACGUAGCGUUUGGAACUGCUCAAUUAAACCGUAGCAUUUAGCACGUUUCUUAGCAUAUCGUGGUCGAAAAUAUGGUUGUAAUCCUCGUACGGAAACGCUUCAAACACUAUCCUUUCGCAAACUGGCAAACGGGAGUUUGAAUGCUUCCUGGGGGGAAAAAAAACCCACGUGAAAGCAUUCGCAAUCACGUUUGUCAGACCUGUGGAUCGGCAAGGCGAUUUCGUACCGCGCAUGGUACGGGGACGGGCAAUUAGCACCAUAUGGUUCCUGGAGCUAAUUGGUUCGAUCACAUCGUUGAUGCCAUUUCCAGAAAAUGAGUGUUUAAUUUUGAAAUUUAAAAAAAAACCGAUAGUUUGCACUUGUGUUUUGGAGUGUUGUUGGUGUGGAAAGGUCGCAGCUAAUAAAGGAGCGGCAUAAUGAAAUAGGUUCAUUCGCGAAACAAGUACCAGUUUCGCGUAGUUUUGAUGAUGAUAAUACAAACGAUGAAUAUUUAUAGGAAUUAUCACAUUUACAUGCAUAUAUAUAUACAUAAAUAUACAAUUAUUGUGACACAGACAAAUGUAAUAUGUAAUGUAAUGACACUUUGCGUUCGUCAGUACACCCUACCCCCCCUCCCCCCACCCCUGAUACAUUUCGUUUCGAUAGUUAAGCUUUAAUAUAAGAAUCUUAUGCUUAGCUUUUUCUUUGAAUGUUGAACAGCAACGGAAGCAUAUUUGAGUGGUUUAAAUAGCGCAACAAACAAACAAACAAACCAAAAAAAAAAGAUUAGGAAAAAUAAUAAAAUACAACUAACACCUAAGGUACGGGAUGUAGCAAGAUAAUCCGAAAGUGUCUAUUUUAUAUAUAUAGAAAAGUGACCGAGUGAGAAAAGGGAAGAGACAGUUUUAAAACAAAACAAAAACCAAAACAAAAAAUGGGCAUAAAAAAUACCAAACAACCCGAAUGCUAAGUGAACAACAAUCGACACAAAACAUAUCAAUUUUCCGAACACGAUAGCGUGGAUCAUAAAUAGAAUAUUAUGUAUUGCAGACAGCCACACUGGCAAACCAAAAAAAAACAAACAAAGCAUGUAAAAUAAAGAUAUUAUGGUACAAAAUA